GGCCAACGCCGUUAGAAUUUCAGCCUCCUCUCAUGCCUAAGCCACCCGCGCCUAAUCCAGAGCUCACGCACGCCAUGUGCUCGACGAUCUGUCGCUGAGACGACGCACGCGGCCAUGGCCCUUGCUCUCCUCCCGCCCUCCCCCGCAUCUCACCGCCGCUCGCUUCGUCCCGUCUCCUCUCCGCCGCUCGCGCGUGUCACCCCUGCCGCCAGAUUCUGCCCCGCGUUUUUCUCCAGUCUUUCCCCCGGCUCCUGCUCCCUGCAGAGGACUGGCGCCGCGGGCGGCGACGGUGAUGGCGCCGGUGAGGGCUCAUCGGAAGCGCCGGUGGCCGGAUGGCUCGACGCGGACCUGCUCAGGCGGGUCUCAGGUGCGGCGGACGCGGACCAGGCGCUGGACAUUGUCGCGGAGUCGUCGGGAGGCGCGGGCGCCGCUCUGGAAGCGCCCGAGUGCAACGCGAUCGUAGCCGCGGCACUUGACCGAGGCAACGUCGAGCUCGCGCUCUCAGUGUUCGAAGCCAUGCGGUCCGGCUUCGCGGGAGUUGGAGGCUGGAGGUGGGCAAGACCGGACGUCCGGACAUAUGCCUUGCUUGUACAGCGUUUGGCAGCCGCCCUCCGUGUUUCAGAUGCAAUCAGGAUAAUCGAUUGUGUAUCUCGCGCUGGUGUUUCUUCUACAGAGGAGGUUCCUUUCGGGAUUAUUGUUCGCUGUCCAACCUGCAUGGUAGCAGUUGCUGUUGCUCAACCUCAGGAUGGAACUCAGGUUGUUUCCUGUUCAAAGUGUCGAUAUCAAUAUGAAUUAUUUUCCGGAGAAAUUACAAGCAUUGAAUCUGAAGAAGUUAGCAUGGAUAUUUCAGCUCUGGAGAAGGCAUUGAGAUUUAUUAAUAUAAGAAAAGAUGGUCUUCCAGCUGCUGUCCACUCUAUUGUGAUCAGCGCACCUUCAGGAACAGCACGUACUCAUAGAUUUGCUACCCAGACCGUAGAGCUUCCUGCUCAAGAAGGAGAAAGAGUGACCAUUUCCUUGGCAGCCCCAUCCAAUGUUUAUCGUGAAAUGGGUCCCCUCAAGAUUUCUGCACGCUCACAAGGAUUUAAACCAGGAGAACCUAUGUGUCUCACUAAUCACAUCAAUGGGCAAGUCUCAAAGUUGCUAAGAGCUCCAUCAAAGAAUGAAGGAUCGUUUUUCGUUAGCCCAUAUUUAUUGGUUGGUGCUCUUGCUUUGCUGGCUUCUGGAGAUGCUGCUUCCGCAUUCAUUGACCCAAGUCUUCCUAGACUUAUUGCAGCAACUGCUGUUGCAUCAGCUGCCGUAGAACAACUCUAAAUCAAGUGGUCCCUACCAGAAAUUCAAAAGCUUCCACAAAAGGCGGUGGAUAUAGUUGCUGUGCGGCAGCAGCUUUUGUCUCAGUAUGACAUUCUUCAGAGCCGUCUUAAGGAUCUGAAACAGUUUGCUCAAAAAGAGGUGUGGAUGCUCGCACGGAUGUGUCAGUUGGAUAACAAGAUACUAGCAGUGGGUGAACCAUCUUAUCGUGCUAGACGAGGUAGAGUAAAGAGGGUACGGGAAAGCUUGGAAAGCACACUCUUGGCAAGGAUUGAGCUAAUGGAAAGUUAUGCAAAAUUGUGUUCAAUGAUCGAAAUUGAAGUUGAGAUGGACUCUGAUGUUAUUGCUGCUGAAGCGGCAAGCAGUGCAGAGAGAAUAUCAGAGCAGAUACAACAAUUAAUGGAGAUCGACAGUCUUGAAGAGCAAUGGCGUAUACAAGCUGAAGCUAAUGAUGAAGCCGAAAGGCUUCUUAGUUCUGAUUCUUCAGAAACAUUGCCUGCUGGACGUGUGUAAUGUAAUUUUGGUAACACGCAGGCACUAUUCUUUAAUUUCCUAUUUAGCUAUUUAUCUAUCUGCAAUUUUAAUGUUCUCUACCAAAUUACAAACAAAACUCUAGUUUAGAAUUUUGAAGGAAAAUACUGCUACAGAGCAUUAGAAAAAAUGAACCGUAUGAUAGCAGUGAGAUCAUAGCAUCAAUCCUGCAACAAAAUAGAACAUGAUAUUGGUUGGAGCCAUCAGCCAUGUAGCAAAAGUAAGGAUUUUUUUCCUUGUUA